CAUUCGCUUGGUGCUUGGGGUCCUGGCGUCUCCAGUGUUAAGUAGACCAAACGCCAGGCUGAGUCCGUCCCUUUCACCACAUGCAAGUACACGCAUAUUAGCAACGAAUAUAAUCGAAACCACACAUGGGUGCACUGAUAGUCUCGGGGGUGAUGUGCAAUGUAACUUCCUGCAAAGGGGCAUUAGAUCACAUUCCCGUGCCGAUAUGGACUGUCAAAGACCGGGUUCGAAGGCAUGAGGCUACCAUAGUCCCAAUUCCUUCCAGCCGGUCGGUGCUUCAUGUCAGAAGUGCUGCUUCGGUCUGCCUCGCAUCCGCGUCUUUCCGUCCUUAUGUUCCUUCCGAGAUAUCUUCUCCUGACAUCAUCCAUGGAGUCAGUGCUGACAUCAGAGGCAGGCAGGUAUUGCUCAGCAAGAGUACUUCAUUAUCUGAGACGAAAACGCCGGGGGAGUUCCGGUUCCAACCAACGCUGUUCCAUGAUUGAUUGCGAAGGAUUCUGCAUCUUGGGACAAAAUGCAAGGGGGGGAUUUGAAUGAGCAUGUGCUUUGAGCAGAGAGCCGUAAUUCCAAGGGCGACUCAGAGAUACGCGUGGGAGUCGGAGAAGGUCGGCGAGGUCAUCGUGGGCGCCCAAGUCAAGCCUGGCUGUCCAGAACGGGCAAGCGCGUCUUCGUCUUGGA